AUGGGCUCUCUUGACUUGCCUCACGCUUCAUCUUUCAAGGGAGGAAGUGAAACAUUUCUCCGCGAUGUGCUUGAAAGUAUACUAAAAACGUAUUUGAGGAAGAAUCCGAUGGCGAAGACGAUAUGGGAACUUGUGAACUCGGUAGACGACAACGAAAAAAUCUCCUACGACCACUUCUUUUUCAGGACAUUUAAGGUUGAUGGUUACGGAAUAGAUUCCUUGGCGAAUUUCUUCUUGGAUUAUGGAUACACAGUUGGAGGCAGACUUGACUUUCCAAAGAAGAAAGUCCAUGUUCUCUGGCUUUCUCCUCCGGAUAUUGACGUCCCCGGUGAGGGUUACGGUCUAGGCAACGGCCCUUUGCCACGGCUUGUUUUUGCUGAGCUUCUUGUGGACGAACUAACCCCCGAGUCACAGGAGAUAAUAAGGAAGUAUUUGAAACCACAAGGUGGUAAGCAAGCGGUUCUUUCAAGUACUUUGGGUUCUUUGAUUUGGGACAAGCCAACAUCCACCGACUUCGAUCAUCUCGCCAAAGAAAGCGAAUUUGCGGCAUGGACGCUUGUCUACGGCUACACGAUGAACCAUCUUGCUUUUGCGGUUCAUAGACUCAAACACCGUUUCAGCGACAUCAAAUGCGUCAAAGAGUAUUUUGAAGAAAAGGGAUUCGAACUCAACCAGGACGGAGGAGUUAUCAAAGUGAGUGAAGAUGCUCUACUGUUACAAGUAUCGUCCAUGUCGGAGAAACUUGCGGUUGAAUUUGCAGAUGGAGUAACUGAAACCGUCCCGGCUUCAUACAUUGAGUUCGUUCAACGUCUAGUUCUUCCACAGUUUGAAGAUAUGCCGCAUGAUGAGAUCAAAGAAUGUCAUAGACGCGAGGGCUUAGAGCAGGCAAGCGCCUACCACGUAAUGGAAAGCACCCGUUUCACAGCACAAGUGUAG